AUGGAUCCGUCCAACAAGAAAAGGCUGCCCUGGUUCCAUUUGCCUCCCUUUUAGCCCUCUGAUCCUCAAUGCAGCAGGAUUAAAAGAGAGCAGGAAAAACUCUGCCUUUCCCAGAGUUAACCCGGAGAUAGCCCAGCUCUAGCUCCUCUUUAGCCCUGCUCUAGCCCUGAUUUAGCCCAGCCACAGAGAGAAGAGUCAGCCAUGGCCUCUUCUCCUCAGAAAUCUCCCUCUUCCCCCAAACCCCCGACCCCCAAAUCUCCAGCCUCCCGCAAGAAGGACGACUCUUUCCUGGGGAAACUCGGAGGAACUCUGGCCAGACGGAAAAAGGCGAAAGAAGUUUCUGAGCUCCAAGAAGAGGGCAUGAAUGCAAUCAACCUGCCCCUGAGCCCCACCCCAUUCGAGCUGGAUCCUGAGGACACCAUGCUGGAGGAGAAUGAAGUCCGCACCAUGGUGGAUCCCAACUCCAGAAACGACCCCAAACUGCAAGAACUGAUGAAGGUACUGAUUGACUGGAUCAAUGAUGUUCUAGUAGGAGAGCGGAUCAUCGUUAAAGAUCUGGCUGAAGAUCUUUAUGAUGGACAGGUUCUACAGAAGCUCUUUGAGAAGCUGGAAGGGGAGAAGCUCAAUGUUGCUGAGGUUACACAGUCUGAGAUCGCCCAGAAGCAGAAGCUACAGACAGUUCUGGAAAAGAUCAAUGACACCCUUAAAGUGUCCUCCAGGAACAUCAAAUGGAACAUCGACUCGGUCCAUGCUAAGAGCAUAGUGGCUAUUCUGCAUUUGCUUGUUGCCUUGUCUCAACAUUUCAGAGCUCCGAUCCGUCUUCCAGACCAUGUGUCCAUACAAGUAGUCGUAGUCCAGAAACGUGAGGGCAUACUCCAGUCUCGGCAGGUCCAGGAGGAAAUUACAGGCAACACAGAGGCACUUUCUGGAAGACAUGAGCGCGAUGCCUUUGACACCCUGUUCGACCAUGCACCAGAUAAGCUGAACGUGGUUAAAAAGACUCUCAUCACAUUUGUGAACAAGCACUUAAACAAGUUGAAUCUGGAGGUGUCUGAGCUGGAUUCACAGUUUGCUGAUGGUGUGUACCUGGUUCUGCUGAUGGGACUCCUGGAGGGAUAUUUUGUCCCGCUCUACAGUUUUUUUCUCACCCCAGAGAAUUUUGACCAUAAGGUGCACAAUGUUUCUUUCUCUUUUGAGCUGAUGCAAGAUGGAGGCUUGGAGAAACCGAAGCCCAGGCCUGAGGACAUUGUCAACUGUGACCUGAAGUCCACGUUACGGGUGCUCUACAACCUUUUUACCAAGUACAGGAGCGUUGACUAAACCGAAGAAAAGACACCAUUUCUCUAAACGACCAAAACACUCAUUCAGUUUUCAGAUGAUAUCCUUAUCAGUAUUACGUGAGAUUAUUUUCAUUUAUAGAUUGCAUUUAUACACAGUAAAUCUGCCACACUUUUAGUGUUAAAUCAACACAAAUCUAAAAUUUAACACUGGUGAAUUUAUUAGGUAUAAAUGGAAUCUAAAAGUUGUAGUAGUAGUUUUCUGUGCUUUGGAAAAUCUGCUCAUUAUUUAUUCAGCAUUUCAAGAUCUUCGUAUACAUUAAACGAGAAUAUUUGUUUUUUUAUUCUUUUUUGUUAUAUAGAUUAAUAGACAUUUAUGAAGGAACAACAUAUAAGAAUUUGAGUAGAAAUGAAUAUUCCAAAUGAAGGGUUUGUAAUAAUAAUAAUAAUUGUGUCUUGUUUGUAAUUCAGUUGAAUAUAUGAGUUUUUUGAAUGUAUAUAUGGCUGUGCUAAAACACACAAACUCUCUUGUAGCAUCUGCUUUUGAAGUAUUUCACAUGAUAAAAGAAAAAUAACUUAAAA